UUGAGGUUAGAGCCGGAGACAGCCGCAGGUCAACUCAUUUCAGAGACAGGAACUUUAGACUCUACGUUAUUAAACCCUGUUUAGUUCAGAGUAACUUCAAGAGUACAGUGAAGGACUGUUCUAAGAAAUUUUAAAUAUAUGAGAAUGGAUGAAAAUACUUCAUGACUGCAAGACUCUUCUAUUAGGUAAAAACGUGAAUACAGAGAGAAAAUAAGAAGCAUCAAAAAGAAAGAAACAAAAUUCAAAAUGGCUGACUUUUCUAAAAUCUUCCAACGAAUGGAUGAGACAAUAGCUGAUGUUUGUUUACGUGAACUAGACUGGGGGCAGAUCAAGGAUUGGGAGAAUGGUUCAAACCUUCAAAAUACAAGGUUUUCUGAAGUUUAUCGGCUGAGCCGUCCUCUGAUUCUUCAUCUGAUCAAGGCCGAUAAAUCUCCCAUGAAGAACAUGAAGAAACUCAGCAUAUCCAGGAGUAUGCUUGAUGCCGGAAAGAAGAAUAUGGAGAAUAAUAACCUGUAUGAUGCUCUAAACAUGUAUAACAAAGCUGUCGUCUUUGCUCCAAAUAUUGAUGAUAAUCUAGGGAACACACAGAUCGGUUCAUUUUCAAACAACAGAACUCAAAUUUUUGAAAUGUUUUAUAAAAUAGGCUGUCAAGCAAAAUUUCGAAAUUAAAUCUCAUGCAGUUUA